ACCUCGAGGGGCCUCAUCCCAUCCCGCCUUUAUCGUUGUUCCUGCGCUCAUAUCCGCCCGCAUUUCAUCGCUGCGGCAUCGGAAAAAAGUUUGUGGAAACAAAAUACUGCGUGCAUUAUUGAAAUAGGUCGCUUGACUCAUUUCCACUUUCUAUCAAAAGCCAUUACAUUUUCACACAUCUUCAAACCUCAAUCAGAAUGGCGUCGCUGAUCACUACCCUACAGUCCAAGCUGGGCUACUCAUCACAGAAGGCUCUUCUGCUUGGUGCCGGUUUUGUUACAAAGCCCACAGUGCAGAUAUUGGCCGAUGCCGGUGUUGAGGUUAUCGUUGCCUGCCGGACACUAGAGAACGCGAAGAAGCUCUGCGAAGGCAUCAAAAACACCCGGCCCAUCUCCCUCGACGUCUCAGAUGCGACCGCUCUCGAUGCCGAAGUCGAGAAAGUCGACCUUGUCAUUUCCCUCAUUCCAUACACGUACCACGCUACGGUCAUAAAAUCCGCUAUCCGCAAGAAGAAGAAUGUAGUCACAACCAGCUACGUUUCGCCCGCCAUGAUGGAAUUGGAUGCUCAAGCAAAGGAAGCUGGUAUCACCGUCAUGAACGAGAUUGGUCUGGACCCUGGCAUUGACCACCUAUACGCUGUCAAGACUAUUGAGGAAGUCCACAAAGAAGGAGGAUCAAUUACGUCCUUCCUCAGUUACUGUGGAGGCUUACCGGCACCUGAAGACUCGGGGAAGACUGGCGGUCUCGGAUACAGAUUCUCUUGGUCAAGUCGAGGCGUGCUGCUCGCUCUGCGCAACAGUGCCAAAUAUUACAAAGACGGAAAGGUCGUUGAAAUCCCAGGCCCUGAGCUGAUGGGCAGUGCAAAGCCUUACUACAUCUAUCCGGGAUUUGCUUUCGUUGCCUACCCCAACCGCGACUCGACACCCUACCGGGAACGAUACAACAUUCCGGAAGCCAAGACGGUCAUUCGAGGAACAUUGCGAUACCAGGGAUUUCCCGAGAUCGUGAAAGUCCUUGUCGACAUCGGGUUCCUGUCAGAAGAAGAGCAACCUUUCCUCAAAUCAUCAGACAAGCCUGUCACCUGGGCCGAAGCCACGCAGAAGGUCAUUGGAUCCAGCUCAAACAAAGAGUCCGACUUGAUAUGGGCUAUCGAUUCCAAGACCAAGUUCAAGAGUAAUGAAGAGAAGGAGCGAAUUCUCUCCGGCCUGAGAGAGCUCGGCCUCUUUUCCGACAAGCCUAUCUCUCCAAGAGGCAACCCACUAGACACCCUUUGCGCGACGCUCGAGGAGAAGCUGCAAUACGAGAAGGGGCAACGUGACAUGGUCAUGCUUCAGCACAAGUUCGAGAUCGAGCACAAGGACGGCCGCAAGGAGACAAGGACGAGCACGUUGGUCGACUAUGGUGACCCGAACGGAUACAGCUCAAUGGCCAAGCUUGUCGGUGUGCCGUGCGGUGUUGCCUGUCUGAUGGUCCUGGAUGGACGGCUCAAGCAGAAGGGCAUCCUGGCUCCUGUUACUUGGGAUGUGGCUGAGCCAAUAUUGACCGAAUUGAAGGAGAAGUAUGGCAUCUAUCUGAACGAAGAGACGGUGGCAUAAGUGUUCAUGGGGGGAAGAAUUUCUGAAGGUUGAUGGCGUCAACAAAAAGCUGCACAUAAACCA